AUGAAAGGAUCCACAGGGAAUAAGAGCAAGGCAGCUUUAGCUAGAAAGCUAAAGUCUGACCGCCGAUUGGCGGCCAAAAUCUUGGAGCGCUACGGUGACAAGCAUGCUGGUCAGGUGUCUGAGCAGCAUGCUAGUACGCUUGAGUGGGCCAAGAAAGUGCUGAGCGAGGACGAUAGGGUAGAACUGAAAACCGGCAGGACAGAACCGGCGGUCAAGCGGCAGAGGUCGCAUGAGGGAGAAACCUCCCUUGUUAAGAAACCGCGGACAAGAAAAGCGCCAACCUUCAGCGAAAUCGCUAAAGGUGCUGGGGCCAGAAUACUGGGGGUGCUUGACCGCAGUAGAGAGGACGGUGCCAUCUCCCAUGAUGAAUGGAAGAGGGUAGCAGCGGCUAUCUCAUCGGUCUUCCUGAGGGUGGUCAAGGAAAACCCGGGGCCACCCCCGAAAUGUGUGAGUGCCGGUUGGCACCAGGGGCUACAUAAGCUCACUUGUUGUGCUGAUGAGAGAUCGGCCAUCUUGUACAAGAAGGCAGUCUCUCAGGUGGGGGAGGUCUGGAAGGGAGCCAGACUGGAGGCCGUGGCCAAGGAGGAUCUUCCCUUUCGUCCUAGGGCUCGAGUCUGGCUGCCGGCCGAACCUUCCACUCCGAGUGAGAUUGAGGAAAUCCUCAAAUAUUGCAAUCCCUCACUUCCAGCGCAGGACUGGAAAGUCUUAUGGCUGGAGAGGACUGAUGAACCGUAUCGGCAAGCGCUGAUAAUGCUAAACACGGAAUCCAUCGGUCCUCUCAGCAAAACAAAGGGAGCCAUAAGCUAUGGUUUUGAGAUGGUAGUGCUGAAAGUACUGACUGAUGGCCCCCAAGCUGCGGUGCCUGCGGUGGAGGUGUCGAAGGUUACUGACGGUCGAACGACCGUGGAAAUCGGUGCGACAGAGGGCGCCAACGGUCAAAUGACCGUGGAAAUCGAUCCGGAUCUCUCGGAUGUGGCGAGUGUUGGGGGCGGUUCGUCGAUUGGCGACUCCGUCUUCAGCCUCGAACGACUGAAAGUCUGAAGGAUGAAAUUCCUCCAGAUUAACCUCCAGCAUGCGAAGGCGGCCUCCGCCAAUCUAUUGCUCCGUCUGGAACAAGAUGGAGCUGAUGUCGUCCUGAUCCAGGAACCGUGGCUGACUGGUAACGGGAUAUCUGGAUUGAGGACAAAGAGCCACAGGCUCCUGUCGGCCAAGGGUGCAGGUAGGAACAGAGCCUGUUUGCUGGUAAGGAAUGAAUUAACGGUAUUUCUUUUACCUAAUUUCAGCAGUGCUGACAUUGUGACAGCGAAACUGGAGUGUGACACCGGAGAUUUCUGGCUUAUCUCCGCAUAUAUGCCACACGAUGAUGUGGUGGAGCCACAUCCCCUAAUGCUGAGAAGGACCUUAGCCGAAGCGUCUAAGGCUGGCACUGGCGUCAUCAUCGGCUCCGACGCUAACUCGCGGCACCAGACCUGGGGAAGCUCGGAUACGAACAUUAGAGGUGAGUCGCUUUUUGAUUUCAUUAUUGGCGAAGAUCUUCGCAUUUGUAAUAGAGGAGACUCUCCUACUUUUGUGUCCGCUGGCAGGGAGGAGGUCCUCGACCUCACCCUAACCUCACAAGCGAUUGCCCCGCUGAUCUCGAACUGGAGGGUCCUCGACGAUCACUCCUUUUCGGAUCACAGGUACAUCGAGUUUAGUCUAGUCGGAGAACGUCCGCCUACGAAAUCCUUUAGGAAUCCUAGGUACACGGACUGGGUAGGUUACCGCAGAAGGCUUCGGCAAACUCUCCCGCGCGCACCGAAGGUGGACGCGUUGGCCACCACCGAUGCGGUGGAGGAGUGGGUUGAAGUCUUCAGCUCGGCGUGUAAGGCUGCGCUGGAGAGGUCUUGUCCGCUGAGAUCGCCGAAGGGCAAAGAGAAACCUCUAUGGUGGACUAUGGAGCUCUCAGAUAUUAGGGCGUCUUGCAGACGGCUUUUCAACAAGGCCCGCAGGAGUGGGUUAUCUGAUGACUGGGCUUUGUAUAAAGUUGGACUUUCAAUAUACAAGUCCGAGUUAAGAAAGGCUAAGAGGACCUCGUGGAAGCGCUUCUGUGAAAAAGUGGAAGGCUGUCACGAGUCCUCGAGAUUCAGGCGUAUUCUCGCAAAAACCCCAGUGUCCCUGGGGUAUCUCAAGGACGAAAAUGGGAAAUUAACAAGCUGA